GAUUGUUUACGGAAAAAGGAAGCGAUGAAACGAUUUUUUCAGUCAAACGUGCACAUUACUGAUAAAUAACUAACCUAAACCGACAUAAUACGGCCUUCUAAUGUGUAAAAUGAACGUGUCAGCUGAUAGUGCGAUUUCAUUGCAUAUGCAGCCCGGACAUAUCGCUGUUUAAGGAGAGACGAAGUUUGCACGACUUUUUGUUAAACCAUUCAUCUUUAUCGUCUUUAAACGUCGUUUUUAACGCUGUGCUCACGUCUAAAUGUAAAAACAAUGCUGAUGUUUCGCGCAUUAGCGGUGUUGAUGCUUCAAAUGAACGCGCGGUGCAUGUAUCUGAACUGGACAUCACAUGACAGACCAAACAUAGUCAUGAUCAUGUCUGAUGCCUUCGAUGGCAGGUUAACUUUUUCUCCAGGCAAUGAAGUCGUACAGCUUCCUUACAUCAAUUAUAUGAGGGAAACGGGUGCUGCUUUUCUCAACUCGUACACUAAUUCACCCAUCUGCUGUCCUUCUAGAGCAGCUAUGUGGAGUGGGCAGUUUGUUCAUUUGACUCAAGCCUGGAACAACUAUAAAUGUCUUGAUCCCAAUGCCACCACAUGGAUGGACCGCUUAGGAAAGAGUGGGUACCACACUCACAGCAUGGGGAAACUAGACUACACAUCAGGACAUCACUCUGUCAGUAAUCGUGUGGAGGCGUGGACCAGAGAUGUUCCGUUCCUGCUGAGACAAGAGGGCCGUCCGGUCACAGAUCUGGUGGGUGAUACAUCCACAAAGAGGGUAAUGAUUAAAGACUGGAACAUCACUGAUGCUGCGGUCCAGUGGAUCCGACACACUGCUGCGUCUCUCGCCCAGCCAUUUGGACUAUACGUUGGGCUGAAUCUCCCCCACCCAUACCGCACAGACUCCCUGGGACCCACAGCCGGGGGUUCCACCUUCCGCACCUCCCCAUAUUGGCUAAACAAGGUUUCUUACGAUCAAGUGUCUGUUCCGAAGUGGUUACGGGUUGAAGACAUGCACCCUGUGGAUUACUACUCCACCUUCACCAAAAAUUGCAGUGACCACUUCACAGAAGAAGAGAUCAGAAAUAUACGAGCCUUUUACUAUGCCAUGUGUGCUGAAACAGACAGCAUGUUGGGUGAGGUGAUAGCUGCUCUCAGAGAGACUGGCUUACUGAACAGAACAGUCAUACUGUUCACAUCGGAUCAUGGGGAUCUGGCCAUGGAGCACAGGCAGUUCUAUAAGAUGUCCAUGUUCGAGGGCAGCUCUCAUGUCCCUCUGCUUAUAAUGGGCCCAGGAGUGAAGCCUGGCUUUGAAAUUAGUUUGCCUGUAUCUCUAGUGGACAUUUAUCCCACUGUGCUUGAUCUUGCUGGUGUUCCACAGCCAGGGGGUCUCAGUGGUCACUCACUGAUCCCUCUUCUUUCUGGGGUCAGCGUUCAGUCAGUAGAGCCUCAUCCCGGCUGGGUGCUCAGUGAAUAUCAUGGUUGCAAUGCGAACGCCUCCACAUAUAUGCUGAGGAUUGGCGAGUGGAAGUACAUCACGUAUGCAGAUGGAUUGACCGUUCCCUCACAACUCUUCAACUUGUCCAAAGAUGAAUCAGAAUUGAGAAAUGUUGCAUCACAUUUCCCACAUGUAUGCCAGGACUUGGACAAGAUGUUACGCACAAUUGUGGACUACCCCAGCAUCUCCCAAGCUGUUCACCACUACAAUAAGCAACAGUUUCUGGAAUGGAAGCAAAGCCUAGGGGACAGUUACUCUCAGGUCAUAGCUAACCUCAGAUGGCAUAUUGACUGGCAGAAGGAUGCCAAGUCCUAUGAGAGAGAUAUUGAAGAGUGGCUGUCAGGGUCGGAUUAAUAAUCUGAUAUACACUACCAGUUUUAAGAUUUUUAAUGUUUUUAAUGAAGUCUCUUCUUCUCACCAAGACUGCAUUUAUUUAAUUCAAAGUACAGCAAAAACAGUCAAAUAUUUUUCUGUUUUCUAUUCCUGCGUUCUAUUUGAAUAAAUUUAAAAUGUAAUUUAUUCCUGUAAUCAAACCUACAUUUCCAGUAUCAUUACUCUAGUCUUCAGUGUCACAUGAUCCUUCAGAAAUUAUUCUAAUAUGCUGGUUUUCUGUUCAAUUUUUUUUUUUUAUUAUAAUUAUCAAUAUUUAAAACAGGUUAGAAUUUUGAUUAGGAUUCUUUGGUGAAUAGAAAGAUCCAAAGAUCAGAAUUUAUCUAAAAUAAAAAGCUUUUGUAACAUUAUACACUAUACCAUUCAAAAGCUUGAGGUUAGUAUAAUUUAUUUAUUUAUUUUUUUUUUGGAAAUAAAUUGUAGAAAUUAAUACUUUUUAUUUAGCAAGGAUGCUAUAAACUGAUCAAAAGUGAUGAUAAAGACAUUUACAAUUUCUAUUUCAGGUAAAUGCUGUUCUUCUGAACUUUCUAUUAAUCAAAGAAAUCUAAAAAAUAUAUACUCAGCUGUUUUCAACAUAAUAAUAAUAUUAAAUGUUUUUGAGCAGCAAAUCAGAAUAUUAGAAUGAUUUCUGAAGGAUCGUGUGACUGGAGUAAUGAUGCUACAAAUUCAGCUUUGAAACCACAUGAAUAAAUGACAUUUUAAAAUAUAUUUAAAUAGAAAACUGUUAUUUUAAAUAGUAAAAAUAUUUAAAAAUAUUACUGUUUUUGCUGUGCUUUGGAUCAAAUAAAUGCAGGCUUGGUGUUUAAAACCAACCAAUCUUACUGUUUAAAAACUUGUCUGAUAGUGUGUAACCGUCAGUGGUCAGCACAAACAAGACUAUUCUUGUUCACAAAAAAAAAAAAACAA